AUGAGUGUAAGUGAUAGUCAUCUUGCAACAGAUUAUUUUGGAACGCAACUAACAAAGCAGAUACACCCUUCAGCAGAAUCCUUUCUGGAUAUUGUGAAGAAUGAUCGCCAAAGUCACAGUCCUGAGACAGUUCCUAAUCUUUACCCCAUUUACAAGUUCAUCCAAUCAGACUUCUUAACGCCUCAUCUGGCUUAUAUCAAGCUUACCAACAGUUCAGAAACUCCCAGUCCAAGUUUCUUGCUUGAAAGUGCGAAGAAUGGUGACACCGUUGACAGGUACACCUUUAUGGGACAUUCCCCCAGAAAAAUAAUCAAGACUGGGCCUUUAGAGGGUGCUGAAGUUGACCCCUUGGUGCUUCUGGAAAAAGAACUGAAGGGCACCAGACAAGCGCAACUUCCUGGUAUUCCUCGUCUAAGUGGUGGUGCCAUAGGAUACAUCUCGUACGAUUGUAUUAAGUACUUUGAACCAAAAACUGAAAGAAAACUGAAAGAUGUUUUGCAACUUCCGGAAGCAGCUUUGAUGUUGUUCGACACGAUCGUGGCUUUUGACAAUGUUUAUCAAAGAUUCCAGGUAAUUGGAAACGUUUCUCUAUCCGUUGAUGACUCGGACGAAGCUAUUCUUGAGAAAUAUUAUAAGACAAGAGAAGAAGUGGAAAAGAUCAGUAAAGUGGUAUUUGACAAUAAAACUGUUCCCUACUAUGAACAGAAAGAUAUUAUUCAAGGCCAAACGUUCACCUCUAAUAUUGGUCAGGAAGGGUAUGAAAACCAUGUUCGCAAGCUGAAAGAACAUAUUCUGAAAGGAGACAUCUUCCAAGCUGUUCCCUCUCAAAGGGUAGCCAGGCCGACCUCAUUGCACCCUUUCAACAUCUAUCGUCAUUUGAGAACUGUCAAUCCUUCUCCAUACAUGUUCUAUAUUGACUAUCUAGACUUCCAAGUUGUUGGUGCUUCACCUGAAUUACUAGUUAAAUCCGACAACAACAACAAAAUCAUCACACAUCCUAUUGCUGGAACUCUUCCCAGAGGUAAAACUAUCGAAGAGGACGACAAUUAUGCUAAGCAAUUGAAGUCGUCUUUGAAAGACAGGGCCGAGCACGUCAUGCUGGUAGAUUUGGCCAGAAAUGAUAUUAACCGUGUGUGUGAGCCCACCAGUACCACGGUUGAUCGUUUAUUGACUGUGGAGAGAUUUUCUCAUGUGAUGCAUCUUGUGUCAGAAGUCAGUGGAACAUUGAGACCAAACAAGACUCGCUUCGAUGCUUUCAGAUCCAUUUUCCCAGCAGGUACCGUCUCCGGUGCUCCGAAGGUAAGAGCAAUGCAACUCAUAGGAGAAUUGGAAGGAGAAAAGAGAGGUGUUUAUGCGGGGGCCGUAGGACACUGGUCGUACGAUGGAAAAUCGAUGGACACAUGUAUUGCCUUAAGAACAAUGGUCGUCAAGGACGGUGUCGCUUACCUUCAAGCCGGAGGUGGAAUUGUCUACGAUUCUGACCCCUAUGACGAGUACAUCGAAACCAUGAACAAAAUGAGAUCCAACAAUAACACCAUCUUGGAGGCUGAGAAAAUCUGGACCGAUAGGUUGGCCAGAGACGAGAAUCAAAGUGAAUCCGAAGAAAACGAUCAAUGA